CUUAAACAGUAAUGACCAACCAAUCAGUAUACUUCUUUAGGUUUACGUAUUCCAAGCGAUGAUAAAAGUGACGUGAAUAUCGGAACGCGGCCAGGGUAGGAUUUCUGAAGGCACGCAUAGACAAGCGAUGACAUUACAUGCUCCAUGAGCGUCGAAUAGUUUGCCCGCACUAUUCCCUGAGUGUGAUUUUCGAAUAGACCUCUUCUAUACCGCCAGCCUGUCAAGAAAUGUGAAGUUGAUGUUUACGAAACUCGAUCAGCGGUAAUGGUAUCGGAGCGACGAGCGGCCCAUACGAAUUAGAACGCUCGAAGAAGCCCCCCGAGUGAUAUCAUUUAAUUUCUCAAAUGCAAUCAUGGCACUCCGCAAAGUAAAAGGAAACUUCGAACGAAUGUUCGACAAGAAUCUGACGGACCUGGUGCGCGGCAUCAGGAACAACAAGGAAAAUGAGGCGAAAUAUAUCGCGCAAUGCAUCGAGGAGAUUAAACAGGAACUGCGGCAAGAUAAUGUGGCAGUCAAGGCGAACGCUGUAGCAAAGCUAACAUAUCUCCAGAUGUUGGGAUAUGACAUCAGCUGGGCUGGCUUUAAUAUAAUAGAAGUAAUGUCAUCCGCAAAGUUUACUUACAAACGAAUUGGCUAUCUUGCUGCGAGUCAGAGCUUUCAUGCGGAUACAGAGCUGCUAAUGCUUACAACAAAUAUGAUUCGUAAGGAUUUGAACAGCCAAAAUCAAUAUGAUGCUGGUUUAGCACUAAGUGGUUUAUCUUGCUUCAUAAGUCCAGACUUAGCACGUGAUCUGGUUCAUGAUAUUAUGACUCUAUUGACUUCUACGAAGCCGUACUUACGCAAGAAGGCGGUUUUGAUGAUGUAUAAAGUAUUCCUGAGAUUUCCAGAGGCUCUGAGACCCGCUUUCCCCAGGUUGAAGGAAAAACUUGAGGAUCCAGAUAGUGGUGUUCAAAGCGCAGCAGUAAACGUAGUUUGCGAAUUAGCUAGGAAAAAUCCCAAGAAUUACUUGAGCCUAGCACCCGUCUUCUUUAAGCUAAUGACAACUUCUACGAACAAUUGGAUGCUUAUAAAAAUUAUCAAGUUGUUUGGAGCAUUGACACCUCUAGAACCUAGGCUUGGCAAAAAGUUGAUAGAACCCCUUACCAAUUUGAUACACAGUACGUCGGCAAUGUCCUUACUAUACGAAUGUAUCAACACAGUAAUAGCCGUAUUGAUCUCUAUAUCGUCCGGUAUGCCGAACCACUCCGAUUCGAUACAGCUGUGUGUUCAGAAAUUGAGAAUACUAAUUGAGGAUUCUGACCAAAACUUGAAGUACUUGGGACUACUUGCGAUGUCGAAGAUACUGAAGACUCAUCCGAAGAGCGUUCAAGCUCACAAGGAUCUUAUUAUGCAAUGCCUCGAUGACAAAGACGAAAGUAUAAGACUGCGUGCCUUGGACUUGCUAUACGGGAUGGUAUCCAAGAAGAAUCUAAUGGAGAUUGUUAAGAAGUUAAUGGUGCACAUGGACAAAGCUGAAGGCACUACGUAUCGUGAUGAAUUGCUCUCGAAGAUCAUUCAAAUUUGCUCACAGAACAACUAUCAGUUCAUUACCUAUUUUGAGUGGUACAUAUCUGUAUUGGUGGAGCUUACACGAAUGGAAGGCACCAAGCAUGGACCAUUAGUAGCAACUCAAUUACUCGACGUAGCGAUUCGUGUACAAGCUAUACGAAAAUAUGCAGUUCAACAAUGUGCCUUAUUGCUUGAGAAUUCAUAUUUAUUAACCGGCCAGCCGAGGGCGACAAUGUCCGAGGUUUUAUACGCAGCGGCGUGGAUUUGCGGAGAAUUUUCUAGCGAAUUGGAAGAUCCUUUGGCGACACUGCAAUCUAUGUUGCGAUCACAAGCUUCUAGUUUGCCAGGGCAUAUACAAGCAGUUUACGUUCACAACAUAUUAAAGCUGGCCGCGACAUCAUUCGCCAAAGCAGAAAAUGAGGGAGAUAUGGAAACCACGGAGAAGAUUUAUGGAUUGAAAGACAAAAUAACAGCUUUCGUCUGUAGCGGCGAUUUGGAAGUUCAGGAAAGAUCAAGUUCUGCAUUGGUACUGCUCGAAUGCUUGAAGGAGAAUCCCGGUCUUGCACAGGAAUUAAUGGAGACUUUCGACGGUGAGCUCAAUCCAGUUGCACCAAAGGCUCAAAGGAAAGUUCCAAUACCUGAGGAAUUGGAUUUGGAUUCCUGGAUCAAUGAUCCGCCUUCAGAGAGCUCAGAUUCGGAGGAUUUAGAUAUGAACGAUAUUUUUAUCAAGACGGAGAAGUCGAGCGAUUCCAAACGGGAAUUGGGUGAACCGUCGGUGGAAGAACUCGAGCGGAGGCGCGAAGCUAGAAAACUAGAACAGGAGAAUAAUCCUCAUUAUUUAAAGGGCUCAUUUAAGACUUCUGCAUCAUAUCACAAUUCAUCGAGCAUGUACGAAGAUUUCGAUAACAUUCCCGUCGCGGAACUGGACAUCCCAAUCUCUUUGAAAAUCACCAACUUGCACAGUUGUCGUGACAUCAGUAUAGACCGCGGUCAUAAAAGGCACAAGAAGCACGAAAAGAAGAAGAAGUCGAAGAAGAGCAAAGGUAAAAAGUCUGCAUCAGAGGAUGAGCAAGAUAACGGUUUACCGUUACAAAUAGUAAAUACGGGUAUAGGAGAGCUACCUCCGGGAGCAGAAAUAAGUGACAGCGACGAUUACGAUUUAGUAGAUGCGAACGACCCGCAUAGAGCUUUGAAUAUUGAUCUGGAUAUGCCCUUGAGAGACGAUGAAAGAUUGCUCGUCUUAAAACAUAGAGCUAUCGAAAAUAAUGUCGCGCGAAAGACCGAAGAGAAAGGAGAUAAAAAGGAGAAGGGGCACAGGAAAUCUAAAAAAAAGAUGAAGGACGCAGCGGAAAACAAGGUGAUCAAUCAAAGAGAAUUGCCCGACUUAUGGUUGGAAAAUAAUCCGGAGAAAGUGCAGUACCCUGCGGUUGGAGAAUAUACGGAAGUGUCCAGCGAGCCGCAGAAGGCAGACAAUAAGCGUAAAAAGUCCAAGAGCCAAGACAAACAUAAGAAAUCCAACGAAGACGAUGUGAAACACCGAAAGUCGAAGAAAUCGAAGAGCAAGAAGGAAAAUAAGCCGUUGGAUUACGAGGAAACGGCGGGAAUAUCUACUCCCUCUAAGGAGAUACUACCGGACUUGAAGGACGACAUCACAAGUACUGAAUGUAACGCGAAUCCUUUACAGCAGAGUAUCUCCUACGAAGAGUUAGCCAAGAACAAAGUGAUUUCUAUGACGUACGAGUUGAAACAAAUCCCUCACGAGUCAAAUAAAGUUAUCAUAUCGAUUUGUAUCACGAAUAUAGGCCAGGUGCUCGUGAGAGAGUUAGUUUUUGACGUUCCAGACACGUCGUCCCUCAAAUUAGUUAGGAAUCCUGGAGACGAAUUUGGGAUAAAACUGCCGUUCCAACUGCCCUUGCAAACUAGCAAAGAAACUCAGUUCACCGUUCUAGUCUCGGACGUAACGUUCGCUCAGAGACUAAGAGGUACACUGACAUAUAUGUUUGAAAGUAAAGAGGGCAUGCAGCAAGAAAAGCUCGAUUUCACCGUGCACUUGUCGUGUAGCAAGUUUAUGGUCGGCCAUCUCUCUCACAAGGACAUUCUCACGGAACUUCUCAAAAGCGGUCAAUUAGUAUCUAAGAUUAGGAAAGAAGUGACGCCUAUUCAAGAUUUCGCUACGGUACUGAAUGUUAUCUGCCGCAAAUGCAAUCUCACUCUCGUAGAGCAGAUCGAGGAUACUGCGUCUUUAUAUGGGCAUUCUUUGAAAGGACAUCAUGUGUGUCUUUUGUUAAAAUUUAAUAAAACGACGGGAAAUCUAGUGAUCGAAGGUAAAGGUGACAAUAACUCAUUACUGUCGGGAAUUGGAGAGGAGAUACUGAGAAUCCUGACAUAAUGCUGAUUUAAAAUCAAGUGUCUGUAUCUUGCAAUUAUUGAUUCCUAUGUAUACAUUGCAGUCAUGUUUAAUAUACAUUCGACAGAGAGAGAGAGAGAGAGAGAGAGAGAGAGAGAAACAUUUCGAUGACUGUGUCCGUUAUACAUGAAACAGCGGCUAAAGGAAGCGUAUCUGCAAGUCUUGAAUAUUUUCUGAAAAGAUCUUACCUAAACUUUACGUAUAAUCUAGAUCAUAAAAUUUGUUAAAUAUACGAGAUAUAUACAUAUGUACACAUACUAUAUACAUACAUCAAAUAUAUGUACACACAUGUACAUGGCUAUAUGUAACGCGUGAGGCGAAGGAGAGAAAGGGGGAAGGAAGGAAGGAGAGCUUAUAUUUGCCAAGAAUUGAAGACACUGGAGUAAAAGUAGAUUAAUGUUUCUACAUACUGCGGUGCGCGUAAUAAUGGAACAGGAUCACGAGGAUUUCAAUUGUCUCUUAAGAUAUAAUUAUCCACUUUCAAUCGCAAAUAAUAUCUUCCAGAAAAAGAAAGAAGAAGUUGUGUAAAUUGCUCCACUUUCUUAUCUAUAUGAUGUUGUAUUUACUACUACGCGCAUGUAAUAAUUGGAGUGAUGAUGGCUUACGAAUAAAAUUUGACUGCUAACGCAGCAACACUUUGUAUAGUACGGAAAUAAACGUUGCAAUAGAAACAGUUGACCCUACUUUUAUGUUCGAUGCCUUCAAUUUUUGCGUUCUGCAGCGGAUAUCACCACCGCAUCGCUACUGUUGAGAUAUAUUUUAUUAUUAUUUUGUAAAAUGUAUGAAGUAUAAUAUAUCGUCGUGUUACGAUGCGUCGAUCUUUGUAAACGUUCAUUAACAAACCGUGGGUAAUGAGAGAGCUUAUUUUGCACUUGACGCUUCCGUAAUAAUAUCGAUAAUUAACGAUCUGUGUAAAUUUAACAUUUAAGCAAAUUGUGAACUACUUAAAUUCACAGUCACGCAACGCGCGCGCGCGCGCGCGCGUGCGCACACACA